GAGCACGCGGAGUUCCUCACACUCGAAGGGCCCGGACCUCUCUCUCAUGGCUGGCAAGUGGCUUGGCCCAUGAUAAAUCAUCUCUCAAACGUCUCCCUUCCAUUACCCGGGUCUAGAAGGGGUUGGCUCCUGAAAAAACGACUAUAUAUCGGCCAUCUCGUCCUCAUCCCCCUUUCGAACCAAGAUCGCCCAUCCUCCUUCAACAAUCAUAGCACAGCCUCACUGAUCCCUUGAGAGAACACAUCUUUGCUCCAAAAAGGCCAGGCUGUCGAGCUCUCUAUCCCUCCAAUUCCCUGUGCUUCCUUCCGUCCCUUCUCACACACACAUCACCAUGGCUCCCAGUGCAACCAACGGCGUCAACGGUGGCGGCGCGAAGCGUCCCAUCAAGAUUGCCGGCUGCUCAGGAGGUGUCUACGACCGCAAGCGCGCCAUCCACGACAUGGCCAAGAACGAAGACGUCGACGUCAUCACCGGCGACUGGAUGAGCGAGUGCAACAUGACCCUCCGCGGCUCCGACAAGCGCGACAACCUCGCCCAGAAGGCCAUGACCUCGGGCUCCACCGUCGUCGCCAAGGGCUACGAGCCUUACUUCCUCGACGAGCUCGACCCGGCCAUCCCCUGGCUGGCGAAGCGCGGUGUCAAGGUCGCCGUGAAUGCCGGCGCCAGUGACGUCCACGGUCUGGCCGCCGCCGUCAGGGAGCUCAUUGCCAAGCACGGCGUCGAUCUCAAGGUCGGUGUCGUGGAUGGCGAUGAUGUUACCGAUGCGGUGCUCGACUUGUACAAGAAGGGCGAGCCGUUCUACAACCUCCCCGCCAACAAGGCCAUCCAGGACUGGGGCUACGACCCUAUCUGCGCCCAGUGCUACCUCGGCGGCACCGGCAUCGCCGAGUGCUUCAAGGCCGGCGCUGACAUUGUACUCUGCGGUCGUGUCGCCGACGCUUCCGUCACUGUCGGCGCUGCCAUGUGGUGGCACGGCUGGACCCGGGACAACCUCGACGAGCUGGCGAGCGCUCUGAUGGUCGGCCACAUCAUCGAGUGCAGCACUUACGCCACCGGCGGGUACUACUCCGGCUUCAAGAGCCUGGGUGACAACGACACUGACAUGGGAUACCCCAUCGCUGCUGUCGACGAAAAGGGCGACGCCGUUAUCACCAUGGAGAAGGGCAAGCAUGGUCUGGUCAAUAUCCAGACCGUUGCCAGCCAGCUCCUCUACGAGAUCCAGGGCCCUCUCUACUACAACUCGGACGUUACCGCCCAGAUCGACAACAUCGUCCUGACACAAGUCGGCGAGAACGCCGUCCACAUGUCUGGCGUCAAGGGUCUCCCUGCUCCUUCAACAACCAAGAUCGGCAUCACCGCCAAGGGAGGCUGGCAAGCCGAAUUCCACUUCUACCUCACCGGCCUCGACAUCGCCGAAAAGGCCGCCAUGGUGGAGCGCCAAACCAAGGCCCUGAUGGGCGAGCACAUCAGCCGCUUCUCCUGCCUCAAGUUCAUGGUCGCCGGCUCCGUGCCCGAGAACCCCGAGUCGCAGGAAGAAGCGACGGUGGACAUGCGCAUCUUCGCCCAGACGCGCGACCCGGACCUGCUCUCGGGCAACUCCUUCGUCGACUCGGACCGCGGCUCCUUCGCGCGCUUCUGCAUCGAGAACCUCCUGCAGGGCUACCCGGGCAGCACCAUGGCCCCGGACAUGCGCACCGCCAUCGGCCGCCCCUUCUUCGAGUACUGGGUCUCCCUCCUCCCGCAGUCCUUCGUCAAGGAGACCGCCCACCUGCCCGACGGCUCCGUCGUCGAGGUCCCCACCCCGACCAACACCCGCGAGUACCCGCGCGAGCAGCCCGACCUGCCCGUCACCCUGCGCCCCGUCGACCUGGCCUCCUUCGGCCCCACCACCCGGGGCCCGCUCGGCUGGGUCGUCCUGGGCCGCUCCGGCGACAAGAGCUCCAACGCCAACCUCGGCCUCUUUGUCCGCCACGCCGACGAGUGGGAUUGGCUCCGCACCAUGCUCACCACCGCCAAGCUCCGCGAGCUGCUGGGCAAGAACGAAACCGGGAAGCAGAUUGACCGCUUCGAGUUCCCCAACAUCCUCGCUGUGCACUUCCUCCUCAAGGACCAUCUGGACCGCGGCUUCAACUCCACCAGCUCGUUUGACAGCUUGGGCAAGAACCUUUGCGAGUAUAUCCGCUGCAAGCAUGUGGAUAUUCCCAACAAGUUCCUCGAGAGGGGCCGUAUUUAGAUGGGGGGGCCGGGGCAUGUAGUCCCGUCGUUGUAUGAUGGAAUGAGAACACACAAAAUCAGACAGAAUGUAGUUCAGCCU